GCCGAGUCUGGGUCACGUGGGGGCGUGUGGAAUGCUAACAAUGUAGCGAAUGUCCCAACUGUGUCCCGCGGCCGCCGCAUUCGGAGCCCGAGAGGGGGAAAGAGAAGAAUGGAGAAAGAGCCGCGCGCCGGAGGCGGACGCCGCCGCGGACGCCGCAGCCACGGGAGGGGAGCCGCGGAAGCUGCCCCCAGACUUUCCAUUGGGCAUUAAGGGGAAAAGCCAGGAGGGGACACUGGAGAGAAAAAAAGAGAUUUGUCUGAAACGGUAUAGGCUUCCAGCUUGAGCAGGGGGUUGGACUAGAAAGCCUCCAAUAUCUCUUCCAACUCUGUUAUUUUGUUAAAAACACCACGAGGUUUUUAGAAUUUCUCUCUGGCUAUAGGAACCAUAAAAACUGAGCUGAAGAGAAAUGACAUCAGCUACUGCUCCAUGACUAUUGAUCCUUCUGUGUACCAGAGACUGGGAAAAGUGACAAGAUUUGCUAUGGAGGUUUGCCACCUACCUAUGAAUUGAUUUCAGGGAAUAAUGUUUUAUAACAAACUGAUAUCUUCCAGAAGAACAACACUGAAUAUCCACAUCCCUUUGAUUAUAUGUAAAAGAAGUUGGUAUUGAUGCUGAAACAACAUUGGAUUAACCAUGAGGCCAAAGACUUUCCCUGCUACUACUUACUCUGGGAACAGCAGACAAAGAUUACAGGAAAUCCGGGAAGGUUUGAAACAGCCUGCUAAAGCUUCUAGUCAGGGAUUACCCAUUGGACCAAGCAGUGAAAGUUCUCUGGACUCUAAAAUUCUAGUAGGAAAAGAUGCUGCCAGACAGCAGCAAAUCCGCCCGGCUGCCAAAUUUGGAAAUUAUCAGAAAGCACUGCGAGAAAUCAGAUAUUCUCUAUUGCCCUUUGCUAAUGAGUUGGGCACUACCUCUGCAGUUGUUGAAGUCAAUAGACAAAUGUUGCAGGAACUGGUGAAUGUAGGAUGCGACCAGGAAAUGGCUAUUAGAGCUCUCAAACAGACUGGGAGUAGAAGCAUUGAAGCAGCUUUGGAAUAUAUUAGCAAAAUGGGAUACUUAGACCCUAGAAAUGAACAAAUAGUCCGUGUAAUUAAGCAGACUUCUUCAGGAAAAAAUAUAAUGCCAAGCAAUGUAAGCCGAAGGCCAAGUUUUGAAGGAUCCACUGAAUCUUUUUCACCUUAUCACCAGAUAACUAACCCAGCCUAUGAAGGCACUGGUUUUGGUGCUGAAUCUGCUAAUGUACUCAGUGAUGUUCCUAGGCCAUAUAUGGACUAUUUACUUUCUGCUUCUCAGUCUGCGACCAUGAAUGCUUCUGUACAAAGGCCACCAUGCUUAGGCUCCCACAACACUCCUGGCAAUCUUCAACAGAAAGCCUACCCUACUAACAUGGAUUCCUCAGUCAUCAGCUAUCCAGUGGCUGGUCACAGUAACCAAGCUUUGCAGUUGCAGGGUACCCAUGGCUCAAAUAGUCCACAUUAUGGCAGACAGCCUGUGAUGGUGCAGAGUGAGGGUCUUGGAUAUGGAAUUCAGCGGAGCCAUUCUUUUCAAAAUAAAAUGCAACAAGAAGGAGGGUAUCCGAGCCUCCCUAACAAAGCAACUGUUGCACCUAACAAUUCUGGCCAUGGGUUCCAGCAGGCUGGUCUAUAUAUGCCACAUUCCCAUCACAAACAGCCAAUCCCAAAUUCUCAUCCAAUUCAUGUAAUCACUAGAGGUGCUCCAUUUAGUAAUGAAUUUUCAGACAGCCCACCCCAGGGUCUCUUAACCCCAUCUAGAAAUAGCCUGAAUAUGGAUCUAUAUGAUCUGAAUAACUCUCAGAUUCAGCAGUGGCAAACAACCUCUUCCUCCUCUUCCUCUUCUUCAUCCCGUCGUGAUUCACUACAGAGCCAAGCAUUGGAAGCCUCUCCGCGGCAACAUGUACCCUUCAGGCCAGAUGCCUGUGUCCCCAGUAGAACCAAUUCUUUUAACAACCACCAGCCACAAAUGCCCGUACCUAUGAGGCAGACUGCUUCAGGCAAAACUGAGGCCUCCAUGCCUUCUCCAAAUACCAUCACGGCUGUCACAGCUACUCAUAUUCUCCAACCAGUUAAGAGCACAAGAGUGAUGAGGCCUGAACCUCAGACUGCUGUAGGCCCUGCUCAUCCAGGUUGGUUACCUGCACAGUCUUCAGCAUUAGACAACCUAGGAAUGAUGGAGCAACACCCCCUUCCUGUUGGGGGAGCAAAUGCCUAUCCGUUAGAUGUUGAUUAUAGCAAUCAGGAACUCAGGUGUCCUCCACCGCCAUAUCCCAAACAUUUGCUGCUACCCAACAGUUCAGAGCAGUUUGAUAUUAACUGUUUACGUCCAGGAAUGGAACAAACCAUUCGGAGAAUCCCAAGCUCAGCAAGCAACAAAUCUGAGGAAAACGGAGAAAGGAAUGAAAAAAUCAAGACAGCUAAAUCAGAAAAAGUAGGCAAGGAUAAAAAGCAAAUACAGACCUCCCCGGUGCCAGUGCGGAAGAAUGGCAAAGAUGAAGAGAAGAGAGAAUCCCGAAUCAAGAGCUACUCACCGUUUGCCUUUAAAUUCUACAUGGAGCAGCAUGUGGAGAAUGUUAUAAAGACCUAUCAGCAGAAAAUGAAUCGCCGGCUACAGCUAGAGCAGGAAAUGGCCAAGGCUGGUCUUUGCGAAGCAGAGCAAGAGCAGAUGAGAAAAAUUCUCUACCAAAAAGAAUCAAACUAUAACAGGCUGAAAAGAGCUAAAAUGGAUAAAUCGAUGUUUGUAAAAAUCAAGACUCUAGGCAUCGGUGCUUUUGGUGAAGUCUGCCUUGCUUGCAAAGUGGAUACUCAUGCUCUGUACGCCAUGAAAACACUGAGGAAGAAAGAUGUGCUCAACCGUAACCAAGUGGCUCAUGUCAAAGCUGAGAGGGAUAUCCUCGCAGAAGCAGACAAUGAAUGGGUGGUCAAGCUCUACUACUCCUUCCAAGAUAAAGACAGCCUGUAUUUUGUGAUGGACUACAUCCCAGGAGGAGACAUGAUGAGCCUGUUGAUCCGAAUGGAAGUCUUCCCAGAAAAGCUAGCUCGGUUUUACAUUGCUGAACUAACUUUAGCCAUAGAAAGUGUCCACAAAAUGGGAUUUAUCCAUAGGGACAUCAAACCAGAUAAUAUCCUGAUUGAUCUUGAUGGACACAUCAAACUGACUGACUUUGGCCUCUGCACUGGAUUCAGGUGGACACAUAACUCAAAAUACUAUCAGAAAGGGAGUCACAUCAGGCAGGAUAGCAUGGAGCCAAGUGAUCUUUGGGACGAUGUGUCUAAUUGUAGAUGUGGGGACAGGUUGAAGACCUUGGAGCAGAGAGUUAAAAAGCAACAUCAGAGAUGCUUAGCCCAUUCCUUAGUUGGCACUCCCAACUAUAUCGCGCCAGAGGUUCUUCUACGUAAAGGAUAUACUCAGCUUUGUGAUUGGUGGAGUGUUGGUGUAAUUCUCUUUGAGAUGUUAGUGGGGCAGCCUCCAUUUUUGGCAUCAACUCCUACAGAAACUCAGCUAAAGGUGAUAAACUGGGAGAAUACUCUGCACAUUCCCUCUCAGAUUAAGCUCAGCCCUGAAGCUAGUGAUCUUAUCACAAAACUCUGCUGCUCCGCUGAAGAGAGACUUGGAAGAAAUGGAGCAGAUGAUAUCAAGGCUCACACCUUCUUUGACUCCAUAGACUUUUCCACUGACAUCCGCAGACAGCCAGCUCCUUAUGUCCCAAAGAUCAGCCAUCCAAUGGACACUUCCAAUUUUGAUCCAGUUGAGGAAGAUGGGCCUUGGGAUGACUCCAGUGAAGACAAUGCCAGGGCAUGGGACCCUCAGGCCUCAUCUAAUGGCAAACAUACAGAACAUGCCUUCUAUGAGUUCACUUUCCGAAGAUUUUUUGAUGACAAUGGUUACCCAUUCAGAUAUCCAAAGCCUUCUGGGCUAGAUAUAAGCCAGUCUAAGAAUCCUGAUAUAGAAAACAAAGAUGGGCUGGAUCAGAAUGGAGCCUGUCAACCUGUAUAUGUGUAAAUGACUGUACAGAAUCCUAAAACAAAACUUUAUUCAUAAAUUUAGGUUCUUCCUUAUAUAGUUCUUGGUUGGGAUCAGUUCCAGUUCAGGAUCAUGCAAGUCUCGGGAAAGAAAGACUUGAAAAGAAGGUUCUAAAUGCUAGCUGUUUCAGAUUUUAGGCCAUAUAGAGCUGUAAAUAGCUUUGUUGAUGAGUGCACUUGAAAUCCAGAUUUCAGUCUAGUUUCUAGUGUGUUACAUUCUUAACCAACUUUUUCUUAUCUGCUUUUGCAUUUACAUGCUUCUAUGGCAUUGUGCUAUUUUUUUUUUAUUUUUUAUUUUAAGUGAGCAAAGAGCACUUAUUUUUGUUUAUAGCAGGGUUUUUUUUCCUACUAAAUUAUAGGAAUUAACUUUGACAAAUCAUGCUGCUGUUCUUCUUUUUCUCAUUUGUCAAAAAUUGGAUCCAUCGCACUUAUGUCACAUUUUAGGAAAAUACAUAAGAUCGAAGAACAUAUGAUUAAAAGUGUCUGUGCAAUAAUAUUUAGUCAGAGGAAAAAAUGUAUUACGUCUAAUGUCCUAAAUUUACCAGUGCCAUUUUUGUAUUCAGACCCUAAUCUUUAUGUCUAUUUUUCCACAUUUCAAAAUUCUGACACAAUUGUUGAAGCUGCUUUAUUUUCCCUUUUGAAAAAUAUGUUGGAAUUUAGUAUAAUCGUAGUCUGAGUAAGUGGCAGUAUCAGGAUGUGAUAUCAAUGAUUGGUGUGUGGAGAGUGCUGCAUGGCUUGUGUUAUUUUGUUUUUCUGUUUGAAACGACCUUUCUCUUGCCAUUCACAGGCAGGUCCUGUGCAUCUAUUCUUACUGAAGAUCUUUAACUUUAGACCUUCAAUAGGUGUGCUGAUAAAGUAUUGUGUGGAUGGUUUUUCUAUUAUGAUUGUGUGCUAUCUAUUAUAUGUUCUCUAAGACAAAUGGCGAAACUCUAAUUCAUGGAGGGAUUGAUGGUGUGUGAAUAGGGGGAAGGAGAGCUUGGUUUAAUCAGUUGUCUAAUUUCAUAGGAUAUUUAGCCUCCUAUAAAAAGAUAAUCAGCAAAACAUAGCUUUCAAGAUCACUUUGUGAUCAAAAUCUGUGGCCCAUCUACCUAGCACAAUGCACAGUAUUCAGUGUGUUUGUAAGUUGCCAUAUAGUAUUCAUGAAUAUUAUCAUUUAGUAUCUGUAUGCAGAAAUAUAUAAUGAGAAUGUUCAGUUCUCUGUGCCUUAAAAUUGAAUCAGGAGCCUUAUAUCCUUUUUUUAAAUUUAUAGGACUCUUCUAAGCUAUAAUGCUAAGUGACAAUGAAUUUCUGGAAUGUAUUGGACAUAUAAAGUUGAUUUAUUGAUUCAGAUGAUUAGGUAUAAUGUACUAACUUCAGGCAGUGCAGGGUAAUUUAGCAAACUGUUUCUUUAAAACAGAGGUUUUCCAAGCCCUGUUGUCUAAGAAUGCAAUUAUUCAUGGUUGUGAUUAUAUUUUAUGGUGGAAAAUCGAAGCAUGUAGCUUCCCUUUGUCAUUUAAGCAAAGAUAAAUAACUUUUUCCUUCAGAUGUUGCUGGAGUAUAAUUUUCAUGCCAUCAGUUUCAUAGCAUAGUCUAUAGUGAAGAACGUUGGGUUUUAAUGAUUGCCAGCAUCUGAUUUAAGCAUCUCUGAGACCAGAUGAAUAUUAACAAAUUUUGGGUAUGGUUUUUGUUUUUGUUUUUGCUUAUCUGUGAUGAUUUGUAGAUCUAGAAACUACAUACAUGAUAAAAGCAUGGAGUUGUAUUUUGUUUGAAUCUGCAGGUAAGACCUAUGUCAUCAGUAUAAAGAAAAUCAGAGAUGGUACAAUCACAUAAUGGUUUAUCUACGCUACACAACAAUGCUGACACUUCCAAGGCUGCUUGGAACUCUGAAUUAUUAUGACCUGUUUAAGUGCAGAGAUUUAUCUUAACCAGGUAUAUACAGAACAGAAUCUACUUAGGUGGCAGCCAUAGUUGUCUUACGUGAAGUAUCAAAAUGUUGGUCUUGAUUAUGCCUGGUCCAUUAUAUUGUUACGUAUUAUGAUAGAUCAAACUAAUCCUUCAUCUCUAUCAAAAUACAAACAUACAUUUAAGAUAUUUUUUUAAUUGUUUAAAAUACACAUUUUAUUAGCUAUGUUAACAUAAAGAAUACUCAAAGUGAUAAUGGAAUGCUAAAGAUAAUUAAGCCAUAAAUAUCAUCAUUUAUAUUCUAUAUAUACCUAAAUAGAUUUUUCUUUCAAAUCCUUAAUUCAGAUUAGUUUAACAGUCCUAUUUUAAAUGACUGAUUGCAAUAACACUUGAGGGCAAUAUUCCACUGUGUGUUUGCUUAUUUUAUGUUUUUAAAUCUAAAGCUUCAGUUUUUCCUAUGUUAUUCCAUAUGUUAUUUCUUAAUAUUUUAAUCUAUCAUAUCCUACCCAUUGAUUAGAUACUAUCUAAAACAACAUCUUUAAAUCCAUCAGAGUAAACUAAGCAAAAUGAUUGUGUAUUUGUUUACAUUUGUAUGAAAGGAGUGUUCUGAGAUAUGCAGUGCUUGUGUUGUGGUGGUUUAUGAAAGAUUCAGUAUUACUACUUUUUAUAUAAUGCCAUUUUUAUAUUUACAUCUAUCUGUCAUCUUUUUAUGUGGUAGGUUCUUCCUCAGGAACUCAGUUUAACUGUUAUUUAUUUAUCAUUUGCCUUUUGAAAGCUUCUGCUGGCACAAUUUAUUAUUAAAAAAAAAUGAAUCAAACUCCAA